AUGUUGCCACGUUGUAAAAUGUUUCCAACUCUUGAGAAAAGGAGGAGAUUUGAUGAUUUUGGCGAAAUAAUUAUACCGGAAAGGUUUGUUCGCGUGAUGGAAGAAGACUUAGAUUUUAAUAUUACUAAUGAAACCAACAAAUCGAUUAAUAUUCUGACUAAAAAGCGAAAAUGGGGAGGUGUUUCUAAUAAUGUGCAAAUCAGGGAAAACAUUGAUAAAGAUAUUUAUAUUCCUAGUAAAAUCGUUGUUAAUGAAGAGAAAAUAAUGAUUAAAUGUUCUGUAAGGUAUAUAGAUAUGGAAGGCUUACAUGAUGGAAAAAGUUUGAAAACUAUAAUUCCAAUGGUUAAUCCAAGAAAACUUGUUCUUAUUCAUUCCAAUCAAGAGACUAGAAAUAAUAUGAUGACUAUAUUUAAAGCUUUAGUUUCUUUUACUAAUGAUAUUUAUUCUCCCCAACAAGGAGAAAUAUUGAAAAUCGGCAUAGGACUUAAUUCUUACAACCUUAAACUCUCUGAUGAUAUUAUAAACACUUUAAGAUGGAAAAAGCUUGGAGACUAUAAUGUAUCACAUGUUAUUGGGAAACUUAAACUUUGCACAAGUUCUGUCCCUAACGAAACAGAUCUUCCUACUUUAGAUGUUUUGCCUAUGAACUCAAAUUUAAAAAAUAUCCCCCAGUUUCAUCCAUUAUUUGUAGGUGAUGUUAAACUUGCACAUGUUAAACGACUUCUUCAAGAACAAGGGCAUGUAGCAGAAUUUAUUGGUGAAGGUAUGCUUUUAUGCGAUGGUUUAGUAACAGUAAAAAAAAUUGUUGGAGAUAAAGUUAUUUUAGAGGGUGGAAUAUCUCAGGAAUUCUAUGAUGUAAGAAAGAUAGUAUAUGAUAGUAUUGUGGAAUUUUUAUGA